AUGGAUCAUUCGCGCGAUCCCUGUCCCUGGGUUGCCCUGAGCGACUUUGGCGGUGCCUUCUGUAUGGGUACCAUCGGUGGUGCCGUCUGGCACGGAGUCAAAGGUUUUCGCAACAGUCCCUACGGCGAACGACGGAUAGGUGCUAUUACGGCAAUCAAGGCUCGAGCUCCGGUUCUAGGUGGUAAUUUUGGCGUAUGGGGAGGCCUUUUCAGUUGUUUCGAUUGUUCGAUCAAGGGAAUUCGUCAGAAGGAGGAUCCUUAUAAUGCCAUCAUCGCCGGUUUCUUCACUGGUGGUUCGCUCGCUAUCCGUGGUGGUUAUAAGGCUGCCCGAAAUUCCGCUAUCAUGUGUGCCGUUUUCCUCGCUGUCAUCGAGGGUGUUGGUAUUGGUUUCCAGCGCAUGAUGGCCGAUAACACAAAGCUUGAGCUUCCUCCACCUCUACCUGAGCAGAAAGCUGUGGCUUAA